ACACUCAUGACCUGUUUAGGUAAAAUCAGCAUCUCAUAUUCUUACAGAUAUACACUAACGCGUAUCAACUAGACAUCUGUGUUGUCUAUGACCCAGCGUGCCUCUACGUCCUUUCAGCCAUCAAUUGUCGUUAUUUGACUGCCUCCGGGAACUGCUUUAGCGUUUAACCCAUUCCCGAGCUUCGUAUCUCCUGAGUUUAGUUACAUACCUUAAGCAUAGCUUCUCCUAGUCACUCUUUCUCAAUCCUACUGCAAUAGCCAAUAUGGCAGACCGCGGUAGAGGCAAUCGUGGCCGUGGAGACCACCGUGGUGGAGGACGAGGUAGCCUCCGUGGACGUGGUGGUGGGAGUGCCACCUUUUCUGGGUUUGACCAGGGAGGUAACCUCCGUGGCGGCGGACGCGGCGGUGGUGAUUAUCGCGGAGGUCGAGGCGGAGGAGACUUUCGCGGCGGUGGACGAGGUGGCGGUGAUUUCCGUGGCGGACGAGGAGGGCGAGGUGGCCGAGGAGGUCGAGGCGGAUUUGUUGGUGAGAGCGAAGUGUAUAAACCGAAUGGUGCACCUCGCCCAGACCAAAGCAUUACUCAGCUUGAGAACAAGAUCCUCGAUGACUUUGGAAUGGCGGCUAAAAUGUCAGCCUUGAAGUUAUCAUCUAGCAAGGGCUCAAAGCCUUCUGCAGAAGAAUGGAUGCCUCUCCGACCGGCUUUUGGUACCAAGGGCAAAGAAGUUACCCUUUGGACCAACUAUUUUGCAUUAGACGUCAAAAAGACGCCGUCACUCUAUAAAUACAGUUUAGAAGUGACAUUAGACAAGGAAAGUAACCCCAAGAAGGGCGAGGGCUCAUCGGAAGCGAAACCAGGCGGGAAGAAAUCAGGUAAGAAGGAUAACGGCCCAAUGGUUGCGAAAGGGAUGAAGCUCCAAGCUGUCGUCAAGUCCGCUCUUGAUCAGAUUGCUAAAGGAAUUCCCUAUGCAACCGAGUUUAAGAGUCAAGUUAUUACCCUCAAACCGCUACCGCUUCCAAAGGAUCAAGUAGUCAAGAUUCCGUAUACCGACGAAGGCAAGAAUGAUGUUUACGACGUCAAGUUUUCCAACGCACCCGACAUUGACAUGGAUAAGUUCAGGGCGUAUGCCCAAUCCAUGCGGGACCCUACUGGAGACACAUCGUUCCCGAAGUUCAUAGAGGCCAUCGAUGCUAUGACCAUAAUAACUGGGUAUCGGGCUCGCUCCAACGAUCAAAUUGCGUCUGUGGGCCAAAGCCGACAUUUCCCCCUUGAUCUCCCAUCGGAGAUUCAUCAGUUGGGCUACCCAGACAACAACACUGUCAUUCGAGGAUACUUCCAAAGCGCUCGACUAACCACAGGCCGUAUCCUUCUGAAUGCCAAUGUGUCCCACGGCGUAUUCCGUACGAGCGGAAACGUAGCUGCUUUGAUAAAGAGUUAUGGUACCAAUGCCCCCCCAUACCAGAUUAACAAGUUCUUAGCGGGCCUACGCUGUAACUGUAGAAUCCUUCCUGAAAAAACAGUUCCGGGCUCGAAAGGGGGUCAGAAAUCAGGGGAGAAGAUAAUAAGGAAGCAGAUCGCUGGCCUUGCUACGCCCAACGAUGGCAAGGGUCAGAAGAAUCAGCCGCUUGUGAAGCGCGCUGGUGGCGGACCUACAGAGGUAUCCUUUUUCCUCUCAGGUUCCGUUCCCCAGGGCCUGAAGGAAAAUGCCUACUGCACGGUUGCAGAUUAUUAUCUCAAAAAAUAUGGCUUCAAAGUAGACCCCAACCUGCCUGCCAUCAAAUUUGGCACAACGAGGCCAAUCUACAUGCCGGCGGAGUUGGUCGAAAUUAUACCGGGGCAGCCUCUCAAGCGCAAGACAACGGGUGAUGAAACGGCUAGUAUGAUUCUGUUUGCUUGUCGGUCGCCCUUCGCCAAUGCGACCUCGAUCAUGAACGAGGGUCGUAAGUGCUUAGGACUGGAUGGCAACAAGGCGCUUACGGAUUUCAACGUUACCGCUGGCAAGGAGCUGCUGACAGUGACGGGACGCGAGCUAACAGCACCUAAUAUUGCCUAUCUGAACCUCCAGAACAGGCCGCAAACUACCUUUGUUAAUGAAGGCAGCUGGAAUAUGCAGAAUAUCAAAGUCGUCAAACCCGGUCGACCAAUUUCCAAGUGGACUUGGAUUAACGUCGACUUCUUCCAGAAUAGCACUCCGGACGACCUUCGUAAUGCCAUGCAGGCCUUUGUUCAGUUCAUGAUAAAGACGGGUAUCAAUAUAAACCCCAAGCCAUUGCCGUCGUCGAAUAAUACGGUUGUCUGUUCGAGAAACGAACCCCCUAUUGUUCGCUUGAGGGAGAGAUUUAACCAGUUCCGGAAGGAUGCACCUCAGUUCGUGUUCGUCGUCCUCCCCGGCAAGAAGACCGACAAGGAUAUAUACAAGGUCGUAAAGCUAUUGGGAGAUGUUGAAUUCGGGUACCACACCGUGUGUGUGCUUCGAUCCAAUAUUAUUAAGUGUAGCCCGCAAUAUUUCGCGAACGUCGGUCUAAAGGUCAACUUGAAGAUGGGCGGCAUCAACCACAAGCUGAAGGACGACAUAACCAUUAUUAAAGACGGCAAGACAAUGGUUCUCGGGUAUGAUGUUACCCAUCCGACGAACCUAGCAGGCGGCUCCGAUGGCCUUCCGAGCUUGGUUGGAAUGGUAUCGAGUAUCGAUCGGGACUUAGGCCAGUGGCCAGCUGCGGCUUGGUCCCAGACAGGCAAGGUCGAGAUGCUCAACGAAACAUUGAAGGAGAAGUUUGCUUCGCGUCUGGAAUUAUGGAGGUCUCACAACAAGUCCUUGCCGCAGAACAUUAUCAUAUUCAGAGAUGGUGUGUCCGAAGGCCAGUUCACACAGGUCUUAGAUAAGGAGCUUCCAUAUAUCCGAGAAGCCUGCAAGCUGAAAUACCCAGCAAAUCAGCCACCAAAGAUAUCUAUCGUAGUAUCGGUAAAGAGACACCAUACGCGUUUCUACCCUACCGAUCCCGAGCAUAUGACAAGGUCCCGGAACAUCAAGAGCGGGACAGUAGUAGACCGAGGAGUCACUCAGGCUACAGUAUGGGACUUCUUCCUAACCGCCCACCAGGCCCUGCAAGGUACAGCCAGGCCAGCCCAUUACACUGUUCUGCUAGACGAAGUCUUCCGCUCGGCCCUCGGAUCGGAAGCAGCCAACUGCCUCGAGGCCUUGACGCACGAGAUGUGCUACCUCUUCGGCCGAGCAACCAAGGCCGUUAGUAUCUGUCCGCCAGCAUACUACGCCGACAUCGUGUGUACUCGACAACGAUUAUACCUCGAUGAUUACUUCGAGCGCGCCGAGACGCAGUCCACGUCCAGCACCCAGACCACAGUGGUGGCACCAGAUAUCCACCGAAACCUAGAAAACACCAUGUACUAUAUUUAAGGUACGGCACGGCGUUGAUUUUUGAUUCGAGUUAUGCGAUGCGUUGAUGGACCAAAGGCGAUUGUAUUCCUUUUUAUUUAUUUAUUUGGGAGAAAAUUUCGGGUUAAUAUACCCGCGUGCAGGAAGCAUUGCUUACGAGCCAUAUUAAUGUCCAGAGUUUGACUUUGAGUUCAGUCUCACGGUCGUUGGUGGCGAUUAAACAUGGCGUAUAAGCGCAUGCGUAUGGAUUCUGUUGGGCCCAAUAGGUUAAGCGUU